CACAUAUAUAUAACCUAACUUAUCCUCUGUCGUCUCCUUUCUGUCUCUCGACGUUCUUCGAGCCAAAGGUAAGAGUUUGAAGAAGUGCAUCACAGACCAAAGAGAAGAUGUCUGAGAAAAAGGGAAGGAAAGAGGAAGUGGUGACCAGAGAGUACACCAUCAACCUCCACAGACGCCUUCACAGCUGUACCUUUAAGAAGAAGGCACCAAAGGCCAUCAAGGAGAUAAGGAAGUUUGCAGAGAAAGCCAUGGGGACAAAGGACGUUAGGGUAGACGUUAAGUUGAACAAGCAGAUAUGGAGCAGAGGUAUCAGAGGUCCUCCAAGGAGGAUUAGGGUGCGUGUUGCUCGUAAGAGAAACGACGAUGAGGACGCAAAGGAAGAGUUUUUCUCACUUGUCACCGUUGCUGAGAUCCCUGCCGAAGGACUCAGUGGACUCGGCACAAAGGUCAUUGACGAGGAGGAUUGAAGAGUUGGACUAGUCUGUCACUUAGACAAGUUUUGGGGCUUUCUUUUUUAAGUUCUUGCGUUGUUUUCAUUCAAAGAGUCUUCGUGUUUCUUUGUAGUGUUAACUUGAAUUGCCUGAUGCAGUUUAUUGGAAAGACUCGAUAUGAAUCUGUUUUUUUGUUCUUA